UUCGAGCGCUGAUUGGUGGAAAACUUUGGCGACCGAAGGCCUGUCAACAAAACUGCACGCUUGAGAUUGCAACUUUGCACAAGACACGAGAGAGUGGUGGAAAUUAAAGCGGUUUUAAAGCCGGAAGGUACUUCAGAGUUACCAGUGGCUGGACGGAGCCACUAGGGGGCAAUGUCUGAAAACAGCAACAGCUGGACUCUUCUUGCCCCGGAGGUGAAGGAGUCUGGAGCUGAGAAUGAGGGUCCUGUAGCUGAAGGUCUUAAGAUCGAGGGGCAGAUCUCAAAAGCACCUGAGCCCUCCCCGGAGGCCCACAGCGACCUGGAGAAGCACUCAUCUGCUCACCAGCCGGACACAGACACAGACACUGACUCAGCUCUCACCCAAGGGUCAGAGCCUCUAGAGCCAUCUCAGCAGGUAACGUCUCCAGAGACGAGUGAGGGUCGGGCCCAGCUGAAUGCAGCACAUGUGAGUGAAGAGCCCAGCUCGAUCAGUGGCACCGUUGAGGACAUCAGCUCCUGGACAGCUGACCAUGAGAAACAAGGUCACUCGGAGAACCCAGUUAUUCCCAGCCCUGAUGUCGAUUCUUUCUCUGACACUUACACUCACAUAAGUUCUACCUCUGGAUCAAGUCCACUUCCUGCUUCAGUUUGUCAGGAAAGAGACUUGUUUAAAUCGGAUGAGGAUUCAAUGAGAAAAACCACCAAUGAAGAUUCUAAAGAAGCACUGGAAACAAACGGGAAGGAGGGGGAUGGUUUACGAAAGAGAAAAAUCUCCCACCUGGGCUCUUUGGACAAGACUGAGGCAGAAGAUGAUGAAGAGGGGGAGGAGGAAGAUUUUCAACCACCUCAAAGAGAAGAGGAAACAGUCUUUUCUUUAAACAAGUGCAUCCUUGCAGCUGUCAUUCUUUUAGGACUAGGGACCAUUUUCUUCUCUGGUAUGCUCAUGGACCUGGAUGGUGAAGCAGACAUGGAUGUUAGAGAGCUGAAGGACCCAACAAAUCAGGAGUGGCUGAAUCCCGAGAUCUCCAAAGACACGCCUGUUGGUCUUCAGCCUCCAGAUAUUUUAAGCAAACAAGUGAAGGAAGAUCAGCAAAUACUGGUACUACAGGAACAGCUUCAGCAACAUCAAGGUGAACUAAAAGCAGCGCAACUUCGGGCAGAGGAAGGAGAGAAAGAGCGUGUGAGGAGAGAAGAGCUGGAGAAAGAGUAUGAGAGGAUAAAAGGAGAACUAGACAGAGUACCUACUCUUCAGAAGGAGCUGGCGCAAGAGAACGAGAGAAUGAAAGAAGAAAGUGUGAGAGCAAAGAAAGAGCUGGAGGCCCUGCCGUCCCUACAGAGGGAACUGGAGCAUCUGAGAGCUAAAGUUUCACAGCUCACACGGAGCACAGGAAGAGCAGAAUCUGUUGGAGCUUCUCGGAUGCCCUCUACUGGAGACAAAAGUGAUGAUAUGAAGCCCAGAAAGACUUGGGACAAAAAGAGUGAGGAGAAGGAACAAAGCAAGGGAGAUAAAGAAUGGAAAAGGAAGAAAAGUGGAAAAAAGGAAGACGACAAGGAAAGUAGGGAGAGAGUGACUGAGGGAAAACAUACAAAGGAACAGAAGGACUGGAAAAAAGAUAAAAGCCACCAGGAGGCAGGAAAAGGGAAGCAAAAAGAGGAGAGAAAAGAGUGGAAAAAGGACAAAAAACAAGAUUAUGAUAAAAUGGGCAAAGCAAGUGAAGAAAAGAAAGAUUUUAAGUGGGAGGAGAAAAAAGAGUGGAAGGAAGAUAAAAAGCCGAAGAAAGACAAAAAUGUAGGACAGGAUGAAAAGAGGGGAGACAAGAAGGAUGCUGGGAACAAGAAAGUGAGAGAGGAAAAAGAAUGGAAACAGAGAGGGGAGCGGAAAGAGGACAAAGACUGGAAAAGCGACAAACGGAAUAGUGGGAAUGAUCAUAAAGAAGGGAAAGAGAAAAGGAAAGGUGAAAAAGAAUGGAGAAAGGAAAAGAGUGAGGGAAAACACAACGAUAAAACGGACAAGAAAUGGAAAGGAGACAAAGAAUUUCCAAAAGAGUAUGAUGAAAAAGAGGAGAAGCAGUGGAGAGAGAAACAAAGAGAAUCGAAAGAUAAAGAAUGGUCAAGAGAUGGAGGACAGGAGGAGAAAAAAAAGAAGGCGCCUUACCAUAAAAAUCACAGUCCCAAUGAAAAGGAGAAACAACACAAGAAGAAACAUGGGCAUGAAGAAGCAGCCGAGACCUCCUCCCAUCACCAUUACGACCAUGAGAACUACUGGAGUAAACAGAGACAGCGCAUUCAGCACUAUGACGGGCCGCGGGACACCUGCAGCGGUGUGGCAGACUGCGCUCGAGUCGAGGGACUCUCUCCCGUCAGCCUGCAGGACUUCCAGAGCCUUCUCCAGUCCUACCUGAAGAAGCUCCAGGAUCAGGACCAGACCUCCAGGAAAGAGGAGCUCAGUAAGCUGGUGAAGGAGUUCUUCACGGAUGGAGUGUUCGCUCACGAUCAGAUGCCCUUCAGGGAAUUCGUGGAAGACGUGGGGGACAUUUUGGAGGACAUGGCUGAAGGAGAAGAGAGCGACAGCGAGGGAGAGGAGAGCGAGGAAGACGAUGACGACGAUGAGAUGGAAGAAUUUGAAAGGGAGGCAAUGGAGAAAUUUGCACUUCCAGAGGAAGUGAGGAAGGUUGAGCAGAAGAAAGAGAGCAGAAGAGUAAAAGGUUAAGGUUUCUCGUGGUCAUUCAGAGAGGUUUAAAAAAAAAAAAAGUACAUCCAGAAACAGCUUGAUUUUCCUACUAAUGCGGUGUGUCAUUUUAAACGGCUUAUUCAGUAUGGCUUUGCUUUUUCUUUUCAUAGAUAAAGCAUUACUGUAAAACCUCACUUCUUUCUCAUAAUAGCUGUUUUUGGUCAUUUUUCAUUACUUUUACCUUUUAUUUCAAAAUGUUAUACAUCAAAUAAAGCGUUGCCUGUUCAGACAUUUCAAGUCAUUUAUCUGGGGCUGGAUUCAUGAAAUGUUUUUUCUUAUUUUUUAUUUUAGGAAAUGAGAUGGUUUUUAAAAUAAGCUGUAAGAGAACAUUUUUGAAAAAUGUUUAAAAUAUUUCUAAAUUAUAUCUUAGACUACACAGAUAAUUAACAAAUUAAUUGGACUGUUGUGAUAUUAAAAUAUAAGCAGUACAACAUAUUAAUACUAGCCAAAUAUGCAUAUAUUACUGCAUUUUACUUAUUAAUGUAGCAUACUUGUAGGUUUGUCAGAUGUGUUUUCAAGAUUAGAAAUAAGUUAUUAAACAGGUUGCUAUUAGACAAAACAAGUUUAUUGUUAAGAUUUACCAACUAUUAAGUGAACCGUUGCAAUAUAAAAACUAAUUUAACCUUAGUAGGUUGCUAUACAAGUCAUUUUAUCAUUCUAUUCCAAAAAACCUCUGAAAAAGAAAAUAAUUGUGUUCUUAAGACAAUAUUUGAGAUUUUUUUUAUCAUUUAAUUUUUUUAAAUUUUGUUUUGCUAAGAACAUAUUCAUGAGUCUAGCUCCAAAAAAGAAGGGAACAAUGUCAAAAACUGUGGGAGUUUUCUUAAAGCUGAUCUACUGUUACGGCACAUCAGGUUUAUAUUUACGACCUGGCACAUAAAUAUAAUAUUUGUGUGGGAAUAUUUAUCAGAAGAAUGUAGUUAACUGUUGAGCAUGAGCGUUACAGAUUAGUAAAGUCGUUCGUAAUCUUUUAAAUGAGUCACAUAACGAUCUCCACACAUUUUAGGAUCAGAUUUAGCUCAUACACAGUGUACAAAUAUAAAAUAGACUGAUGGAGGGUUUUUUAUGCCUAUAAUUUUGGCUUUACUUAUUUUAAUUCUUUAAAUUAUUUUGUUUGUCCUUAGGGUCUCCUGACCCAAUGUUUAUUGGUUUGUUUGAGAGUUUCACUAGUAUUUAUAACAUUUAAUGGAGGAUAUUGUUAGAAAGUAAAGUGCUUGUAUUGUCUGGAACUUUGUAGUCAUUAAAAAAGUGACAAAUAAAUACAAGAAAAGCGCAGGUCAUCCUAGUUGUAUGUAAUGCAGUAAGGUUUGCAAAUUUAAGGUGUGCAAUUUAGGUUUUUUGCUCUGAAUCCGUUUUUGGUUUUUUCCACUUUUGUCAAAUUAUACGCUGUCAAGCAAAACUGCUAGCACUUUUAAAGUCUGGCUUUCACAGAAUUUUUGCUGGGUUGAACAGUCGAAUGCAAAAACUGUAUUUUAUAAGCUUAGCUACUGAAACGCAACGUGCAUGCGUUUUUCACAGACCACUAGAUUGUAACAAAAAGUGCAACGUUGAUGAGUAUAAUUUGUUUUUUAAUUGUUAAUCGCUGAAGUUCAGAUGGUUGUGGUUAUUGUAGUGGGAAAUGUAUUUGCUGUGGAACAUUUCACAGAAUAAACAGAUACAUACAGUAAUGUAUGUUGUUUUAUUUGUUUGCGGUAAGAUUUGUGCAUUUUUUAAAACUUAAAGAAGGCCUGCACCGGUCAAACAUUGUUUGUAGUUCCUGAAUAGAAAUGAUGGAAUAGAAAAAACGCUUUUCUCAGUUCCUCUUCUGCUGCAAUGUUUUUGAAUUUAUUUGAACUGAAUGUCUGCAUGCAUGGUUAAAAUGAGCUGUGAAGUGUGCUAUUUUUGCUUGUUUUGUGCACAUGCAGCAAUUUACAAUGCCAGAACUUUAGUAAACUGUCCAGGUCAUUUAAUGAAAUAAAGCGAAUCAUAAAUAGCAAGCUCAAAAGAAA